AACAACGUCUUUGUACUGUCAAUCGAGCGGCAAGAUGGCGGAAUACGAAGGAGUCUCCGUUGAUGUGAAGAAAAAGGUUUUAGAGGCAGUAUAUGUUUCUGCAGCCUUUAUUUUAGCAAGAUUUCCUUAUGCAUCAGCAAUUUUACUUAUGUUGAGCACUGGUGAAUCGCUCAAGACAUCGCUAUCUGUGGACCGGAAUAAAUUGACCAUGUCAUACGGCCACAUAGGGAUGUUCUUCUUUGCGGCAACUGCAAUGUCUUUCAAUCUAUUUGGAACAAAGAGAUUUUUUGCAUUGUUAACUGUCGCACAAUAUGCUGUGACAUCAGUCGAAGAUUACUUGGAUAAAAGCAAAAGGGAAACUCUUCUUGUUCGUCAAAUAUCUCGAAAUGUUGCUAUUAUGGGUUGCUACUUGAUGGUAGCCGGAGGUUUAUCAGACUUUGAAAGAGGUACACAGCGACAUAGGCGACUCCUGUUAACCGGAAUGCAGUUACUUGGUGUGUACUCAUUCAUCUAUGCUGUCAUCAUUUGGAACAGCCCCACAGAAUUUAAAGUUCAUUCAUCACAUCUACCUGGUGGAACCAUUACUACCUUCAUAUUUAUUGCUUUAUUUUUGGCUGUUGGCAUAUGCCUCUAUGGUGGAUAUGAGGUAUUCUAUUUUUCAAAAGUUCUGGCAUGGCUGCUUUUUGUAGUGACAAUAUUUGUUGAUUUAGACACCAAGAUGUGGUGGAAUGUAGCUCACAUCCCUCGUUGGCUGACUAUGACUGUAGCAUCAAAACAUUUGUGUAUUAUUGUUACUCUCUUAUUAGUAAGAGGGAACAUCAAGUAGUAUUU